CAUUUUUUUAAAUGCCGGCAAGUAAUUGUCAACGCGUAAAAUAGUUUAUUUAGAAAACCAAUCCUUAGUUUAUGAUUUAAAUUUAGGCGGCUUUGUUGGUUUUAUUAACGCCAGAGCAUAUAAAUUUUGUAUUGAAAGAUAUAUUCUUCCGCUUGCUUACUUAUCAGUAAAUAGAAAAACAAUUGUUUGUUUUCUUAUCUGCUGCGCCCGAUUAAAGAAUAUUUGAUAAGGGAAAUAAAUUUGACAAAUAUGGUGCGUACGGAAUUUGCUAAAGGUUAUGAUAUUUUCCGUAAAAUUGCUGACAAAUUGACUGAAGAUAAAAGUGUCAAAUUGUUUGUCUAUUUUAUUGGAGAAAAAGAUGAUAAAGGGCAAAGUUGGUGUCCGGACUGUAAUGCGGCUGAAGGCACGGUGGCUAAGGCCGUACAAGAAUAUGCUGACGAAAAUACCAUCUUAUUAACGGUUGACGUGGGCGAUAGACCUUUUUGGAAAGAUAAAGAAAAUCCUUUCCGCAAGGAUUCCGACGUUAGACUUAUGGUGAUACCAACAAUUGUACGUUGGAAAUCAACUUUACGUUUAGAUGGUGAUCAGUGUAAGCAAGCCGAAUUGUUGGAAAUGCUUUUCAAAGAAGAAAUGUAAAUUUUUCUAUGAUCUUUCCUUUGUUCAUUUAAAGUCUAAGGGUUUGUUUUUUUUUUCCUAAUAUUCUUGAUUUGCCUAUAAAACUGAAAUUUUCUUGUCUAAUAAAAUCGCAAAA